GCCGGGGAUGGCCGACGAUGGCACGCCGAGAGACUAUUACGACCUCGAUGCCAUACUCGCAGAAAACCAGAAGCUGCCAUGUACUUUCCUGUUCGAAGUCCCCAAUGCGGGCUACCUCGAAGGCGGCUCAGAGCCUCAUCUCGCAAAGGGCACAACCGUCGAGCUGCCGUUCUGGAUAGGUCUCAAGAUUGCGGAUCCCGUCAGAUUUGGAUAUGUCAGCUUGGAGAUCCCGAAACCGUACACGAGCAGGGUCAGGCAAGCUCUGGAAGCGGCCAGUCGGUCCGUCAAUCUUCGUUCUGUCGGCGGCAGCGCCGGUUGGUUCUAUGACGUUGGCGUCAUGCUCAAUGAUACUAUUGAUGACUAUCCGCUGAGGAGGAUACUGUAUGAGACGUUCAGGGACCGUCUGCUCGAGGUCAUGGAUCAGAGUCAGCACGCCAGUGCUCGUCACGAAGUCUCCGACGCGUCUCUCUCCGACUUUAUCGCAGGCAUGGACGAAUGGGAACGCCAGCUGUUUUCAGCCGGUGAAGCAUCAAACAAGGCCAUGAAAGCCUGGUCAGAGUCUGACUGUACAAGUGUGAAGAUCAUGAGCAGUCGUCGCAUCGUAACGUCGACUAGGUAUACUGAGGGUGUGUCUUGCGGAUAG